AUGGGCAUGGGAGAUUACUCACCGGGGAGCAUUUGGUAUUACGCGCCAACUAAAGCUGCCCCUAUCGUCUUCAUAAUCCUUUUCUUCAUCUCAGGCAUCAUUCACGCUUGGCAGACGAUCAAGCACGGGUCCUGGCGGACGACUGUCCUACUUCCAUGGGCAGCAGCAGUGAUGAUAGCCGGAUUCAUCAUUCGUGAGCUUGGGGCGUAUCAUACGGACAAUCUCACGUAUCUCAUCGCCUCCACUGUACUCAUCAUGUCCGGUCCGCCCGUCUAUGCGCUCAUAAACUACUUCAUCCUAUCCCGGAUCCUAUACUACAUCCCAUAUCUCGCACCAAUGCACCCAGGACGCGUCGCCACCACGUUUGUCGGCCUCGAUGCUGUCUGUGAGAUACUCAUCGGACAAGGCGCAUGGCGGAUGGCGAACUCAUCCAUGACAGCGAAACAGCGCAAACUAGGAGCGAACCUCGUUACGGCAUCACUGUCCCUCCAAGUAGCGCUGUUUGGCUCUUUCGGCAUCCUCGCUGCGCAGUUCCACAUGCGCGCCAACAAAGCAAAGUUGCUCUCACGAGACCUUCGAAUCGUACUAUACGUCCUAUACGUAUCCGCUACCAUCGUCACAAUUCGCUGCAUAUACCGUCUGGUCGAAUACACUGAGGGCUGGGACAGUACCAUAUACAAGAACGAGAUUUUCUUCUGGAUCUUCGAAGCCGUCAUCAUGUUCUGCAACACGACUCUCUUAAAUGUCUUCCACCCAGGCAAGCGUUUGCCUCGCUCGAACUCCGUAUUCCUUGACAGAGAUGGCAUAACAGAACGCCGUGGACCAGGAUGGGCCGACGACCGACCCUGGAUUGUGACACUCUUUGAUCCGUUCGAUAUUUGGGGUUUGUUUACCGGACGUGACGAGAAGACGCAGUUUUGGGACAUGAGCGAUGAAGAAUUGGCGCGCCUACGAGCCGAAAAGAAGAGUAACAAGAGGAAUGUACUCGCCGGUGCAGUUGACCCGUUCCAUCUCUGGGGUUCGAGAGGAUAUAUCGGGAAGCAUCUUACGGGUAAGAAAGCGGGCGCAAAGCCACGAGGCACGCAAAUGACAGAAUCGCCGGCAAAGUCGACUGUAUAA